GGCGUGAGCGCAGGCUAGCAGCUGAUGCAACCGCCCCCCGCGCCGGACGCGCCCUCUGAUUGGCCGGCGCCGCGCGGUCAGCCCGCGGAUUGGCUGGCGCGCCGGGGCGGGGCGGCGGGCGCGGGUGCCGCGUGGCGGGAGCCUGGGUCGGUCCUCUUGGGCGGGGACCCGGGCCCUGGACGCAGCGCGCCGAGCUGGGCCGGCGGGACUGGGUCCCUGUCCGGGAGGGCGCCGCUGGGGCGAGGACUGGGCGACCCGGGGACGUGGCCGGUACGCCCCCCCACACCUACCGCCGCUCCUGCAGUGUGGUCCAGCGGCCGCUGCCAGCUGGACACCAUGAGCGUGGGCUUCAUCGGGGCAGGCCAGCUGGCCUUUGCCCUGGCCAAGGGCUUCACGGCCGCAGGCGUCGUGGCUGCCCACAAGAUCAUGGCCAGCUCCCCGGAUAUGGACUUGGCCACCGUAUCUGCGCUCAGGAAGCUGGGGGUGAACCUGACGGCGCACAACACGGAGGCCGUGAAGCACAGCGACCUACUGUUCCUGGCCGUGAAGCCGCACAUCCUCCCCUUUGUCCUGGACGAGCUGGGCGCGCACAUACAGCCGCGGCACCUGGUAGUGUCCUGCGCGGCUGGCGUCACCAUCAGCUCCAUUGAGAAGAAGUUGGCGGCCUUCCUGCCGGCCCCCAGGAUCCUCCGCUGCAUGACCAACACGCCGGUUGUGGUGCGGGAGGGAGCCACGGUGUACGCCAGGGGCACACACGCGCAGCUGGAGGAUGCCGAGCUCCUGGAGCAGCUGCUGGGCAGCGUGGGCUACUGCACGGAGGUGGAGGAGGACCUCAUCGACGCAGUGACGGGGCUCAGCGGCAGCGGCCCGGCCUACGCCUUCACAGCCCUGGAUGCGCUGGCCGAUGGAGGAGUGAAGAUGGGUCUCCCGCGACGCCUGGCCGUGCGCCUGGGGGCCCAGGCCCUGCUGGGGGCCGCCAGGAUGCUCCUGGCCUCGGAGCAGCACCCAGGCCAGCUGAAGGACAACGUGUGUUCCCCAGGCGGCGCCAGCAUCCACGCGCUGCACGUGCUGGAGAGCGGUGGCUUCCGCUCUCUGCUCAUUGACGCUGUGGAAGCAUCCUGCACCCGCACAAGGGAGCUGCAGGCCAUGGCAGACUGCGAGGAGGUGCCCACAGCCGCCAUCAAGAGGACCGUUCUGGACAAGGUGAAGCUGAGCUCUUCACGGAGGACCUCAUCGGCGCCCUGUGGUCCAGCCCCUCUAGGCAAGCGGGACUGAGGCACCCCAAGUGUGGAAGCUGAGGUCCACCCAGGGUGUGCCUGAAUCUCCCACGCCCUUUCCUGAUGUCUGUGGAGGCACACAUUACCUUCCUAGGCGCCAGACAUGGAUCGGUGACCUGGUGCUGGAACAGCUGCCCUCCCUCCCAUCUGAGCAGAGUGAGGGGCCCGGCAGCCCCUCUGCGGCCCACUUUUCCUCUUGGGCCUUUGGGUUCAAUAAACUGGCUUCCAGCC